CGCAGCAUUAAUAUUCUUCUCCUGGUAAUCAGUAGAACUAAAUUCCUAGUGAUAAAAUUGUAGAUUUAUAAGUUAAACAUUUAAAAUUUCGUUGAAAUGAGCCACAAUAUGAUGCGACUGGCCGGACAGCGAUACAUUUCGAUUUUAAGCCGAGUUUGGUCAGGAACAGCUGGAGCUGCUAAAAAUUCAGAGGAUGCCCUGAGAAAAACACUUCAAAAUAAAUUCCCUCAGGCUAAAAACGUAGUGGUAAGCGACAUCUCCGGCGGUUGCGGAUCGAUGUACGAAAUCUACGUGGAAACGACAGAGUUCAAGGGUUUAUCGACGGUGAAGCAGCACCGACUGAUAACGGAGACGCUCAAAAGCGAAAUCAAAGACAUGCACGGCCUCAGGAUACACACGUCCGUGCCUAGUGAGUGAAUAAAUUUGAUUUUUUUGAUGCCCUAACAA